AUGCGUGCCUUCUCUUCCGUUGCUCUUCGGUCCGCGGUAGGAUUAGCUUUUGCGCAACUUGGCUCUUGGAAUCGCUGCAGAGAUAUCUCCUACAGUGGAUCUACGACUUGUGAGUCCGGGUGGUCCUGCUUCUAUCUGAAUGAACGGUUCAGUCACUCGGAGCCAAGGUGGAUAAAAUCUUCAAACAAAGCUAUCAAUACUCAGAUAUCAACACAACAUAAGAAAAAUCGAAUCCAAAUCCGCUGA